AUGGUCGCUGAAUUCUUAAUCUCACAAAUUGUUACGAGGUCCUUAAUUUGGGACUUCGUAACAAAAUUCAUUGUCUUUGACAUGGAAAAAGCUUUGCCUCAGCUUAACCAUUUUGGAUAUAAUACACCUUCUUUGUCGGCACUUUGGUACAAAUGA